AAGAGAAAAGCAAAAAAAUAUACGAUUUGACUUCAAUCUAAACCAAAUUAAUAGAACAAAAUCACACUGAAUCGUUGUUAAAUUGGGUUGAAGUGAAGAACUUGAGUGGCAGUUGCCAAUUGGUCUGCAGAACCCUUACACAGAUUCUCUUUCAACCCACCAUUAGCCAUAAGCAUACACAAUAAAUGGGAGAUACAGAUGAUUAUAUAAAGCCAGUGAGGACAGUUUUUGUGACUGUGGGAACCACUUGUUUUGAUGCUCUUGUUAAAGCAGUAGACACUCAUGAAUUUAAAAGAGAGUUGUUUGCAAGAGGAUAUACCCACCUUCUCAUUCAAAUGGGCCGCGGAUCCUACAUCCCCACAAAGUCUACAGGAGAAGAUGGGUCACUAGUUGUAGACUUUUUCACUUUUUCAUCAAGCAUUGCAGACAAUCUGAGAUCAGCAUCUCUUGUGAUCAGUCAUGCUGGGUCUGGGAGCAUAUUUGAGACAUUGCGUUUGAGAAAACCUUUGAUUGUGGUGGUGAAUGAGGAUUUGAUGGACAAUCAUCAGAGUGAGCUAGCAGAAGAACUAGCAGAGCGGAAGCAUUUAUUCUGUGCUCGCCCUCAAACACUCUACCAAACUAUUGCAACUAUGAACUUGGAAUCUCUCCUUCCAUAUACCCCAGGUGAUGCUGCAGCAGUUGCUAAGCUUAUAAACAGGUUUCUAGGUUUCCCAGAUGAUUAAUGGACUGUGAGAUCUGAGAGAGCAUUGAUUUAAAGCAUUUGGACCUCAGAAAUUUAAAAGAUCCACCACAAUUUACAUAGCAUUUUUGUACAAAAGAUUGCUUAUCAUCAUCUGUAUAAACUCCUUACAAAGAAAGUGGCUGUUCAAAAAAAUGGAAACCCUGGUGACCGGGGAAAUGUAAGCAUCAAAAUUAUUUCAGUACAUUAAAUCCUAAUAUUGGUUCCAUGCUAUCAAUUGAAGUACUGAAUCUCAUUAUUUUUCAA